UCUCAUAAUCUCUUCACUAAUGGGAUUCUCAUCAUGGUUUAGUUUAUCACGUGGUGACCGAACUUCCCGAACCACCACACCAACAUUGAGUUUAGUUACUCCAAACCGUACCUUCGGUUCAUUCCGUUCCUUCAAAGAUAUCCGAACCAUUCUCCAAACCGAAAACGAACCCGAACCCGGUUCACCUAAAUCUCCCACACUUUUUCGCCGCCUCAGCAGUAUCACUCCCUCCCUCCUCCGAUCAAUCAGCAACCGCGCCAUUGCCUCCUCCAUCACCGUCCCUUCCAACUUCGACCACGGCAGCAUCGUCGUCUACUACACCAGCCUCCGGAUCAUUCGCCGCACAUUCAACGACUGCAGAACCGUUCGAUCUAUCCUCAAAAGAUUCUCCGUCGCAGUUGAUGAACGUGACGUGUGCAUUGACGAACGGUUUCGUGAGGAAUUGGAGGAGCUUCUAGGUCGUCGGAGUGUGCCGCUGCCGUGUGUGUUCAUCGGAGGUGAGUACAUUGGUGGUGUUGAUGAAUUUAGGAAGAUUUAUGAUAGUGGUGAGUUGCAGGAAAUGAUGGAACGGUUACCGAAAUCGAUUCCGAAUGUUUGUGAUUUUUGUGGAGGAAUGAGAUUUGUGGUUUGUGAUGAGUGUGAUGGAAGCCAUAGAUUGUUCGUUGAGAAUGGGUGCAGAACUUGUCCAUCUUGCAAUACCAAUGGUUUGAUUAGGUGUCCUGCAUGUUUCUACGUGAUGCCUCGCCAUACCAAAUAGUAAUUUCUGUGUAAUAUACUGCAUCAUUUUUCAAUGGAUUGAACAAAUUAUUUUGCUUAAAUAAUUAUUUUGAUCCUCAAA